UCACGGUAAGCCGGUUCAGUCGGUUUUCUUCGCUCGUCCCUGACCGUUGUUCGCGACGAUUCUUCUCCGUAAAUAGGUGGCUACACGUAAACUUCUCUCUCGUGUUCGAACGAAAUUCACAGUGGCUCCUGAUUAGUUCUUUUUUUUUGUAAUUCGCUCGUGUUAACCUCGCAACGCCGACAAACGAUUCAGUGCGUACGAUUUUAGUUGGUGGACACGAUUUUUUUUAUCGAGGACACCGGGGGCUGUUCUGUUUGUGGAUUUCUACCCCUCUGGCUGCCAGUGGAUUACUCGACAUCCCACAAGGGGAAUUUCUCUCAAAGGGACGAGGCGUAGGAUGGGCCCGACCGUGCGAGGAGUCGUGCUACACUGAAGAGGAGGAGCUCCCCGAAGACGAGAGAGAAGGAGGGAAGGAACAUAGGAUGCCCGCCUCGCAGACCGCCGCCACGGAGCGGCGAAAUGAGAGGAUGAUCACACACGAGCCGCCAAAAUUAAAGACCACCCUGAAAACACCUCCAAAGCAAGCAACAAAUCCUCUUCAAUUCGUCAAAGUUGGACCAUGUUCCCUGUAUCGUACAGCACAGGAACAGCUGCAGAAAGUCCAAGAAGUGAAGAAAAUAAAACAAGAGGUCCGCGAUGAUCCCGAAGAUUGGCAGUCGAAUUUGGACAACUGGAAGAGCAGUCGAAGGAAGCGUCAGGAACACAUUAUCGAGCGGGUGGUGGAGGUGAAGAAACUUGAGCUGGAGGAACACGAUCGGCAGCGUCGUCGAAACAAGACUUUCUCGGAAAUGAUGGAAGAGAGGGGCAAUAGGGGUCGCAAGCUAAGCAUCAGCUUGGCCAUGUACCACGAGGACGAUGCCAAUGACCUAAGUGACCUUGGCAUAGGCACCAGCAGUGGAAAGAGCUCAGUUAGCGGGGACACUCACGAUGACACACACAGUGUUCUGAGCGAUAGAGACAGUGAAAUAGAGAAGAAUCACUCGGACCUGGACAAUGUGCCAAACGAAAGCGUCAUUGGUAAUGACAUGACGACAACGUCAGCGACCAGCGUGUCCGCAACGAUUACGACGACGAAGAAACCAUUUGGGAACGGUUUCCACAUCAGUCACAAUCACAACAACCAGGAGUAUGACUCGGCAACAACAGCGACGACCAGCUCGCCGGAACCGGAAGAGUACACGUACGAGGGUGCGAUCCGUAGUUACGUGUCGAGGGUGUCGCAGAACAUACCAAGAAGAUCGUUGGCCAGCCUGGACGCGAAGCUCGAGAGCGCGAAAUCUUCUACGAACGGUUCGAAGACCAGUCUGAACGACGAGAACAAAUCCACCAUACCGGUCGUCAAAGUGGACAUACUGAAGAGGCGGGAGAUCUUCGAGAAAGCGUCGUUGAAGAGCAACGAGAGUAAAGCGAACAACAGGCUCUCCGGCGAUUUCACCAGCACGAAAUCGAUCAAGGAACGGCUCUCGAACUUGGAGAAGCAGAAGCAGGAGCCGGAGGGUAGCGACAAGACCGGAAAAAUGCUGAACAGAUUGUCCGGUGAUAUGAGCUCGAUCCGUGAAAGAUUAUCCCAUCUGGAGAAACAGACCACAGAGAGGGAGAACAAGAACUCCGUUCAUCGUAAGCUGAGCACCGAAGAAUUAGAGACAGUCAGACCGCUCAGAGAUAGAUUGUUUACCCUGGAGAAAUACAGUAGCAGCGACGAGUCAUCAGCACCUGGAACCGCUCAUGAAUCCAGACACAAUGGCGAACUAUCCGCCAGGUCGAUAAAAGACCGCUUGACCGCUUUAGACCAGGCCAGGAGCAAAGAAUCAGCCGAUAAAAGAUCGUUCGUUGGGAAGCACGCGUUGUGCUUCCGGGAUCAAGAGAACAGAAUCGACACCUCUACGCCAAGCGAAAGAAGCUCGUCACCUGAUUCAGAGUAUCGCGUGCCGAGAGCUGCUUUCCAUAGAAGCCUGGAUUCUCUAGACGCCGACGCAUCGAGCGGUCCUGAUACUUUCGAGCGUGUACAAAGCCUGGAAGAGCUCGACUAUGGACGACGUUACCCAGCGUCAUCCUCGUCCGCUGAACUACUGAACGACACGGAUCGUGAGGAUUCCGGGAUCCACACGGCCGAUGUCAGCUGCUCCGUCAGCCAGGCCGACGAACCGGUGGACGAAGACAUCGUGCACGCUAGCACGAUCAUCGAGAGACACGAAGCGAUCGAAGAGAAACCCGAAGAACCUCAUGACGUCGAAACGGUGAAUGUAACUGUCGCUGAACACAGCACUGCCGUGCCUGAGAUCUCGACGGUUUCUGCCAACCAGCAGGAUGCAGUAGUAACAAAGAAGGAACCGAUCGUUAUCGAGAAAGCGGACGAAGAGGAGGCAGCGGCGGUGGCGACGACGACGACGACGACGGCGGCGAUUUGCCAGCCGUGCCCGCCAGUCGAACACGAAGAGCACGAGGAAAAGGAAGCGCCGAUGAACGGGAAGAUCAUCGAGGCUUACCAGCCACCGCCGUUACCGCCGCGAAAGUCGAUCGUGGAGUCGAUCGACGCGCACGAUGCACCUGAGACCAUCGAGCGUCCCGCUGCGAACGUACCCGCGCCUGAAAGACCGACGACCUUGACCCUGGCCAACCAAGAAAUCGGUAUGCUGGACACGAUGACCAUGCUGAGCCCUGUGUCGCCGAUCUCGAAACAGAUCUUGCCGCUAAACCUAUCGAGUGACGAGGAGAUAGUCACUGGCCUGGCAUUCCCUCUUGGACCACCAACCAGCGUAGAACCUCCUAAGGAAAAACCACCGCCGCCACCCGUAGAUGUCAGCGAUGAAGAGAGUCUACCGUUAGAGCCUUUGAAGAGGCUGAAUUCUACCCGUAGAAUCAAGAAAGAAUUGCGCACGAGGCGUUCCGAUUUUCUUGGACUCGAAGGGGUAAAUGAUGACGAUCUGGAACGGGAACUGACCCUAACAAAGCCGCCGGAUAUGGCGGCGAUUCUCGCCGAAGAGAGACGCAUCGAGCAGCUCCAUCGUCGAUCGUACGACACCGACAGCAACUACGAGCAAGACUCCAGCCACGAACGGGACUCAGGGGUCGAGCUGGGCCACGCCGAGGACUGGACCAAACAGCCGGUCAGCCCGGAUAUGUCGCAGCACAGUCGUCAGAGCAGCGAACCAUUUGGGGCUAGCGUGACCUCGUCCGAAGAGGACGAAAUCACGAAGAAAGAACGGGAGAUCAUCGAGGUCCUCGAGAAAGAGGAGCAGUGGCGGUACGGCAACAAUUGCGACAUGAACAGUGACUUGGGGGAGAAAUUGGCGCACAAGCUGCGCGAACUCGAAGAGGAGAAGAUGCAGCUAGAGCGGGAACGCGCCCAGGAAGCUGCCCUCCGUCGACAGGAGGAGACCCUGCGCAAGAACGAGGACAACUUACGCAAACAGGAGGAGGCGCUGCGGAAACAGCAAGAGGAGACAGCUAGGCAGCAGGAAACAGCUCGCGCUGAAGCCGAGGCGAAGCGCGCCGAAAAGAAGAGACAGGAGGAGGAGCUGAGGGCGCAGGCGGAACAGCUGAGGAUCCAGAAUGAAAUCGAAGAGGAACGAAGGGUCGCUGAUGCUCGUCGUAAAGAGGAGAAACGGAUCAGGGCUAUGCAGAGUCAGAUCCGAGAGCAGGAGAACACAACAUUGGUUGGUGCUGGGUUGAACGACGAAGAAGACGAAUUUGCUUCUGGGGAAGUGCUCCGAGUGGAAAGGGAAUUACUUCAAUUGGAGCAAGAAGAAUUGAAACGACAACGCAACAAUCUGGCGUACCGUGAACAAAAGCAACUGAAACUGGCGGAGCAAUUGCAGGAACAAUGGAAAUCCUUGCAGGACGUUGCGCACAGUUCCGCGAAUAAUAUCCAACAAUACAAGAAUCAGCCACCGGUGAAUUAUAGGUCGUCGAUGCCUAAUCUUCAACUACAAGACGUGCAAAGAAGAAGACCACCGCCGCCACCGAUUCCACCGGCGAAGCCAUUACGUUUGAUAGAACAGAGACAACGAGAUGUCACCAUCAGGAACAGCAGAAUUCCGUCUGCGGAUUCGAUUCCACAACAAGUGGACGCUUCUCUGCGUCACACCGCAUCGGUCACGACACUUUCAAGCCACGCGGGCCAGCAGAUGAGCAGACAGACGUUGCAGGCACUAAGCGCGGUUCCUCGGCCACGAAUCGUUCAAAGUGACCAGUGGGUCCAACGAAGGAAGAGCGACGUGCCACGAGGCGCUCACGACUUGAACUACCAACAUUGGCUCAUCCAGGAAGCGGAACAGAGGAGGAUUAACGAGAAAAAUCAGCGAUCACCGGCGCGGAAAUCUCAGAUGCACGUAACAGGAACGUCCGUUCCUUACGCUAUGGCUCCAACGAGAACCGAUAGUAAACCAUUACCGGACUCCAUUAUACAGACUCUUACACAGAGAGUUCAGAACAGAGCGCAAGAAAAGCCUCUUCCACCAAGAAGACGAUUGGAACACAGCACCAGUCACGAGCAUCUUUCGGCUUUGCAACAUCAAUCGCCACAACACCAGUCGCCGCAGCACCAAUCGCCACAGCACCAAUCGCCGCAACACCAAUCAUCGCAGCAUGUUCUGCAGCAACAGAAACCUCUGCAACCAUCGCCAAUAAAUCCCGAUAACCAAGAAAAAAUGUUGAGCGUCAGUGGGAAGAAGAAGUGCUCGCAUUGUGGGGAUGAAUUAGGUCGGGGCGCCGCAAUGAUCAUCGAGAGCUUGCGGUUGUUUUACCACAUGGAGUGUUUCAAAUGUUGCGUGUGUCACGUGCGGCUCGGUGACGGAUUAAUGGGAACAGACGUGCGCGUUCGAAAUCACAAGCUCCACUGCCAUAACUGCUACUCCAGUGACGACGGUGUCAAGUUCAGUUGCGUGUGAGACCAGGGAGCAGCGGCUAAUGGGACCACGCUGACUAACUUGAAUAUAGCGUCUUCGGGCUAUAUUUUAUAAGUUAUAGUUGACCAUUUUAGCCGCCGGUAACGCGCGAUCGCAGACACCGAGAAAUUCGUUUCUUUUUGUACAUAAACUCUGUCGGACAGAACGAACAUAAGGAACAGUGACAAUGUGUCCCCGUUUCCAUUGGCCGUUCCAAUCCGCGCGCCGUAAUUCGGAACGUGUGGAGCAUCCGAGAUUUCAAAUGUAACACCGAUUUGUUUUCAUCGACUAACCCGUAGGACGUACCGUGAACGUGUAAAUAAACGUGUAUUUAUGUAAUUAGCGUAAAGAUAGGGAAAUUAACGAAUCGACGAAUCACAAGGCAGCCAGUGGCCUGGCCGUUGCAAACGUUUUAGAGUAAUAUCGGCAAGAGUUCAACUGUAUAUUUUUGUAUCAUAGUUAUUCCGUGGUAUUUAUGAGAGAUGCCUGAUGCGUGACGGCUAGAAUUACAAAACCCUUCUCUUCCUAUCCCCAUCCCGUUUUAUUUUUCGUCUUGCUACACUGUCUCCUUCCUCUCGAAGCUUCACUAUGAACGCUUGGCAAUUAGUAAACCCCCCCUAAUGAAUCUGAUCGAACGAUCCUUUGUUUCUCUACGAAGGUCAUUUAGGUUUCUAGUUGACUGUUAGCGCGAAGUACAGUGCUCGAACUGUAGAUAUACACCAAGAUGCGAUUUCUUCUUUUGUUUCUUCGCUCGAAUGAUCGAUGUCUCGCGACUCGACGAUGUCAGAAUGUGUUUCUUAUCCGCGAUCGAUGAUAAUCGUCGCGCGUUCGUCAUCGCGUCGAUGUUACUUACCUAUUGUGAAAUAUUGUAUGAUACGGUCUCGUGUUAUCACAACAUGUAAUUUUAUAUUAUCGAGAAUAAAUGUUUAUUAUAGCGA